UUAAAAAGGUUGAAGAAUAUUUGCGUACAACGCUCGCAUCUUGAAGUCUUGAAAAGGACGGAAAUGGCGUAUUAGAGGUCAUGCUUUGCAGCACGGUUCUUCUUUCUUCAUCGUCUUCCCUUCUGCUUACUCUGCAUGUACGGCACAAAGCUACGUACUCUUGCAAUACGUACGCGUAUGAAACCUAUUUAUACGCUCCGUAUUAACGCAUAUAAAGCACACAUUACUUGUAUUCGCGGUCUUACACCUUUAAUAAAUUAUCUCCGCUUUUGCAAUCUCUCCAAAAUUGAAGAAUUCUCGUCGUCGGAGUAUAAUAUACAUAAAUAUUGUAUUUGCCCUUCUCAAUUUUCUUCUUCUUUCCUCUGCUCAGUACACCUUGGCUUACUUCAGCAUAAUUGGAAGUCUGAACAUUGGCAUGUGAACAUUUCGGCUGAUUUCAAAUAUCUGUUUAUUCUCUCUUCCCACCUUUUGGUCUCUUUUCAUGGUAGUUCUGGGAAAGUAGGGUUUGAGGAACAUCAAUUUAUAACAGUAAGAGAGUUGUAACGGAUCCCAAUCGGGAACAUAGAGGGGUUGGUUGUGUUGUUGUGGAGUGCUUGUUGAAUGUAGCGAGGGCCGUACAUAUGGGGUCCUGCUUUUCUUCUUCAGGAAGCAGGAGCCCUCUCCCUUCUCCCGCCUCUUCGAUUGGGAAGAAGCGGAAGACCUCUAUGAAGAAGCAUUCUUCCUCCUUUCACCAUAGCUGGAAGGAAGACCAGUUGCAUAGGAUUCCAGGGAGAAGGUUUUUGAAUGGCUCUAGUGAUGUGGCCUCCCUCUUUACACAGCAGGGCAGGAAAGGGAAUAACCAGGAUGCAAUGCUCGUUUGGGAGAACUUUGGAUCAAGAAAAGGUGCUGUUUUUUGUGGAAUCUUUGAUGGUCAUGGUCCUUAUGGACAUAUGGUUGCAAAAAGAGUGAGGGAUUCUCUCCCAUUGAAAUUAAGUGCACUCUUGGAAGUCAGUACCAAAAGUGAUGAUGUCCCUAUGGACAUGAGUCUAAGUACAAAAGGGAGCAUAAAUUCUGAGAGUGCUUCCUUUUUAUGUACUGAUGAAGUCAAAGUUCAUACAAGCGGGGAUAUCUUUCAGACACUGAAGGAAUCCUUUUUGACGUCUUUUAGCGUAAUGGAUCUAGAAUUGAAAACUGCGAGUAUUGAUUCCUUUAGCAGUGGGACAACUGCUGUAACUCUUGUGAGACAGGGACAUGAUCUUGUAAUUGGGAAUGUUGGGGACUCUAGAGCCAUAUUGGGUACAAGAGAUAAAGGCAACUCUAUUAUUGCUGUGCAAUUGACUGUUGAUCUCAAGCCUAACCUUCCAGCGGAAGCAGAGAGGAUACAGAAGUGUAAAGGACGCGUAUUUGCUCUUCAUGACGAGCCUGAGGUUACAAGAGUGUGGCUACCGAAUGCAGAUUUUCCAGGCCUUGCCAUGGCACGUGCUUUUGGAGAUUUUUGUCUCAAGGAUUUCGGUCUCAUCUCUGUACCCGAAGUUUCAUACAGACGCUUAACAGCCAAAGAUGAAUUUGUUAUCUUGGCAACAGAUGGGAUAUGGGAUGUGCUAUCUAAUGAAGAGGUGGUAGAAAUAGUGGGUUCAGCGUCAGCACGUUCAUCUGCAGCUAAGGUGGUGGUGGAGGCAGCAAUUCGAUCAUGGAGGAACAAACACCCGGCUUCUAAAGUUGACGACUGUGCUGUUGUCUGCCUUUUCCUUGAUGAUGGUGCUGAUUCUGCCUCCAAUGAAAAGGUCAACGGGGUUCACAACCAUGAGAAAGUUGCGGAAGAGUGGUCGUCUGACAUUCAAGGUGUGUCUCGUUCGGACACGAUAUUGACCUCGCCAAGAGCCUUGCAAGAAAAUGGGGACGAAACCGCCUUAGGAACCAUGAUGAACAAUCUAUAUAUAUAGUGGGCGACGCUAAGGACCAAAUGUCUGCAUUUACUUUUUUUUGACAAAACCAAUUUGAGUUUGUGUUCUUUUACAUAUACAUAUACUACGUAGCACGAAGUAUUAGGGUAUCUGUUACCAUUGUAUUCUUCUUCUUUUUCUUCUUCUAGGAUUGGUAUUCUAUCUGUAAUAAACUACUAAUAACCAACUACCAUAUUUUACGUGUAU